AUGGGGACCGGUAUCAAAGUGGUGGCAGCCAUUGACCAGGGGACGCAGUCUACGAGAUGCAUGUUCUUUGAUGAAGCCUUGAACGUUCUUGCCAUCUCGACAAAGAAACACGAGCAGUACUAUCCGAAAUCAGGGUGGUGCGAACAUGACCCGUUGGAAAUUAUGGAGAGCGUAUACAGCACCAUGAAUGAGGCCCUUAGCAAGGUAGCUGCCGAUCACGGUGCCGUCGAAAUCAUGGGAGUGGGUAUCACCAACCAGAGGGAGACGGUCGUCGCCUGGGAUGCGCAUACGGGGAAACCACUGCACAAUGCCAUUGUGUGGCUCGACAUUCGUGCUGAAGAAAUAGCGGACGAUCUUAUUCACGAACACGGUUCCGCGACGGCUUUCAUGGAUAAAACUGGUCUCAUAAUCAACUCAUAUUUUUCGGCUGUGAAACUCAUGUGGAUGUCAAAGCACCUGCCCUGGUUCAACGAAGCUGUGGAGACCAAAAGCGUGCGCUUCGGGACCAUUGACACGUGGAUCAUAUACAAUCUCACCGGAGAAUAUGUUACGGAUGUAACAAAUGCUUCCAGAACAAUGCUUAUGGAUAUAGUUAAGGAGAAGUGGAGUUCCCAGAUGUUGAGGGUUUUCCGCCUUAAUGUAGAUGUUUUGCCGAGAAUAAUGCCUAAUUGCGCUGAGUUUGGUAUUAUAACGAAUCCUAAUGUGCCUGGUUUUGUGAACGUCAGAUUGACCAGCUCCAUAGGAGAUCAGCAGGCAGCGUGUGUCGGGCAAGGCAUUUUUGAGCCAUGUGCAACCAAAUGUACACUAGGUACUGGUGGAUUCGUGCUCACUAAUACCGGUACGAAAAGGGUAAAGUCGUCCGGUGGGUUACUGUGCACACCUUGUUACAAACUGGGAAGUGAGGCGCAAACUGUAUUCGCUCUUGAGGGUUCCAUCGCCAUUGUUGGGGCAGGAAUUUCUUGGCUGAAGACGAUGGGAAUUAUAGAAGCAGCAUCAGAUAUAUCGAAUGUGAUAAAAGAGUGCCACACGUCAGGAGGUGUGGUUUUUGUACCUGCAUUUUCUGGUCUCCUUGCCCCACGGUGGAGGGGAGACGCCAGGGCGUGCAUAAUGGGCAUGACGCAACACACUGAGAGGAAACAUAUAAUCAGAGCAUUCUGCGAAAGUAUAGGUUUCCAACUCGGUGAAAUAUUGCAAUCGUUGCUUACCGACAUGGGGGUAGACAAUGUUCCCUACAUUUGUGUUGAUGGAGGGAUAUCUGCAAAUGAAGAAAUACUUCAACUUAUAUCUGACAUAGUAGAUACUCCAAUAGAAAAAUCUGCUGUUUCUGAGGCUACCUGCGCAGGGGCGGCAAUGUUGGCCGGUAUUCAAGCAAAGCUAUGGAACGAUGUGGAAGAUGUGCGGCAAUUAAUCCGUGAACGACCCAAAAAAUGGAUGCCUCAGAUGUCUGACUCAGAGCGUAAUAUACUAAUCAAGUACUGGAACAUAGGUGUUGAACGAUCUAUGAGCUGGAAUCAAUGA